AUGAUUGCAGAAUUUAAAUUCCUUAUUGUAACUUUGGCUUUGGUUGCUGCCGUUAUGGCUGAUGUCUCCGAAUUGUCGUCGGGUUAUGAUUAUCACGCCCCAGCUCCUUCAGCUCCAGUCAACACCUAUAUCCCACCCGUAGCUGCUUCGGCCCCUGAACCCGUCAACACCUACAUUCCUCCCGUAGCUGCCUCUGAGCCCGUCAACACUUACAUCCCUCCUGCAGCUGCUUCUGCUCCUCAACCCACUGUUGAAUUGGCUGAUGAUGGUUACCGUUACAAGACCCAACGUCGUCGUGUCUACCGUAAACGUUUCUAAAUU